AUGCUGCGACACCUUGCAAGGCUUCAUUACAAGCCAUCCUUCAGCAGCAAACGUAUUGCUUCUAGUGCUUUCGCGGUUCUACAACAUGGACGCUAUGUAUCGUCAGGGAUUACUACGAGGUCACAGCAAAGCAACUUUCGUCAGAUUGGAACAGACAAGGAUGCUGGAGCGUUGCAGGACUUACUUCGCAGAGUAAUGGAAAUUGAUGCUGAUAUUACACAAACACCUGUUGCCGAUUUCAAGCCAAAUACACAAACUUGCACAGCGUAUUGCUUGGCAGACGAAUUUGAGUUGGAUGAUAUCUGCACGAAGCUUCCUAUAGACGACUAUUUUGUACAGAACAACUACGAGGACAUGCUCCACAUCUCAAAUGCACAAUCUGGUGGGGAUGUCUACCUGUUCAGCAAUGGUACAGUAGUAUUUUGGGGAAGUGAUCAGGGGAAGCAGGCUGGAUUUUUGCAUUUCAUUAGACAGCAGCAAUCUACAUCAAAUGCUGUUGAAUCGAAGGAAGUGGUAGAAUACACAAUUGACGAGGACGAGGUGACGGAUAUGAAGGGUGAUAUCGUAAUUUUGAAUCCAUACAUCCCAUCCGUUGAUUUUUCGAAAAUUGCCUUUUCGUAUGGACUUGGACGAGCAGCCAAACUGAACAGCAUUGAGCAAUCCCUCAACAGCUAUCUGACAGAGAUUGCCAGCAUACCAGCAGCAUUAUGUCAUAAAGAAUACAAUGGGAAUCAAUUGGACAAUCGAAUGCUAGUAGGAAAAUUGCUGUCCAUUCAGCAAAGGAUGGUCAAGGGGUCUCGAGAUGGAUUGCUGGGUACAUCUGAUUUGAAAUGGGCAAAACCUGAGUUAGAGGGUUAUGUCAACAAGAUCUCUACCAGAUUUGAUAUAUCAACAAGGAUUGACAUUAUACACAAACAAUUGGAUUAUGCAAAAGAGGCUGUUGGUGCUGCCAGAAAAUACACUAGAUGA